AUGAGUAAGAUUGUCACGGGCUUUGUGUUGGGAUGCCACAUGAUUUCUUAUCGUAGGGAGCGUGCACGGAGUAUAAAUCCAUGCAAAGGAGAGGCGGAGCGUACAGAGGCAAUACCUGGCAAGUUACAACUCGCCGAAUUUGACCGUACGGUUGUCAACCAAAUAACUGCAUCUUCAUGA